CGAGUCUUUCCCACAGGCACUGAAUAACUCACAAAAGUGGAAUUGGAGUACUAGAUUAUUCCUUACCCAAGCAAGGGAGAACAUCACGGCAGACGCCAUCGCAGGUGUUCCUAGCUGAACAACGUUGAAGCUGCGCGGAAGCUCCUUGACAACUUGUAUAAUCAGAUGCAGGUGGACAAGGUCGCAGACACGAUCGCUAAUCACGGGCCGCCUGUUCCCGACAAAAACGAGCGGCCGCGAUUCCUGUUUGCUGUGAAGAUUGUUAUGGCGGAGGACUUGGUACCACUUGAUAGUAGUCCGUCCUCGUUGCUAGACACCUUCGUGACGCUCAGUGACGAGGCUGGGAAUCGCCUUGUGAAGACGAGGACGAUUUAUGAGAGCUUGAACCCGCGUUGGGAAGAGACUCACGACAUAUCGAUCGACAAGCCUUUAUGGUUAAUGUGCAGCAUACGUGAUCGCGCGCUCGUGGGUCAACAUGACGUUGUUGGCCGGUCCUUCAUAUGCCUCAAUCCCAAGGAAUUUGGUGAUUUCUUGACCCAUGAUGUAUGGCUGAACCUUGAGAACACCAACAAUGGCCACCAAGGGAGGAUACUUCUUCGAAUCAGUAUGGAAGGGGAGAAGGAUGACGUGCAGUUCUACUUUGGCCGGGCUUUUCGAUUCCUAAAGCGGAGUGAGGGAGACAUGAUGCGGAUAUUCAUUGACAAAAUGUCACCAUAUAUACGACAAUCACUGUCCCGACCUGUCCUCAAAACCUUGAUCAAAGCCGGAUCUCUGGGGCUGGAUUACAACAAGGCACUCGGGAAUGUCACAGCGCUCUAUCGCUCAGCACUGGGCUCCAACGCCAGUGAGGUGCAGAUACCUCUUCCUCACAACGAGAAAUCUCGUGUUCGGCCCGAGGAACUCACUGACGUAGAGAUUGAACGCGCGAUCAUUCCUCUGUUCGAUUAUUUCGACGCCAACCUUCAUAUUCUCAACACCUAUCUUAGCGAGACUGCAAAAGAUAUGGUGAUGAUGAGGGUCUGGAAGGAGAUCCUAGUCAUAAUAGAGGGUCUACUCAUACCGCCGUUGUCCAAGCUCUCUAGCGACAUGAAACCACUCAGCGACAAGGAGGUAGACAUAGUUUUCAAGUGGUUGAAGUUUCUCCGCGACUAUUUCUAUGCGGAAGGCGAAGGCGUUUCGCUGGAAAAGCUACAGAACCAGAAAUAUCGGGAUGUUGUCUCUAUUCGUUUGUACUAUGACUGGCAUACGGAUACUCUCAUGGAAGAGUGCGUACGCACCAUGCAGCAAAGCUUGCGCGAAGCUGUUCCUAUCAAGAAGCGCGUGAAGAGUGUAUACAACCAGCGGAAUCUGGGGACCAUUAAGGAGCGCAAGAAGGUGAAGAAAGAGGAGAAGGAAGUCUCGAACGGUGAAACUAUUAUGAGAAUUCUUCGCAUGAGACCAAACACACAAGAGUUCAUUGCCCAGCAGCUUGAAAUGAUGACAACUGUGCAAGCCGAGCGCGAACGUGCACAAGUUGACAGACAGCCGCGAAGAUCUCAACGACCGCGGCAGGCGGAAAUUUCUCAAGUUCCGCCACUGCCCUCCGCUGCCUCGUAGCCUUUGUACAUUGUACACCGUAUACCUUGCAAGCCCUUUGUACGCAUAUGUUGACGUAUCUCGGGGUGGGAUGAUGUAUUUACAUACACGUGUGUCCAAGAACUAAAUUAUUACAGACUCUCUAGUGGAGUGGACAAUAACUAACGUACGAGAGGCUGCGGAAACUAGGUCGACUGGAUUGAGAAAGUACAAAACUCGACGCAAUGUCUACACGUGUAUCAAGAUCAAUCUGGUGUAGGCGUUCAAUAUUCAAUCCUUUUGUUGAGCUGACGAUAGUGUUUGGUCAUUAUUGAAUACAUGGCUGUUUCGAAGAUACGAGCAACCUUGUUCUUUUCGAAUCACAGUGCUGGUAUUACGAAUCCUAUUUUAACUAUCA